CGCUGAGGCCGUGGCAGGGGCGGGCCGGGCUGGCGCGGCCUGCCUGCGGUUGAGUCCCUGGCGGGGGUGGGCCGGGCCAAGCGGGGCAGGGCCGGGGCGGGGCCGCUGGCGUUUCCGUUGCUUGGAUCAGUCUGGGUGCAGCUGCCCGAUCCUUCGGCGUCCUCAUCCCGGCGUUGCCCCGCGUACCGUCGCCUGGCGCUCCGCCGCUUUCCCGGUGGUUCGGGGCACUUGGGUCCCACAGUCUGGUCCUGCUUCACCUUCCCCUGGCCUGACUCGUCGCCAUGGCACAGGUUCUCAGAGGCACUGUGACGGACUUCCCUGGAUUUGAUGAGCGGGCUGAUGCAGAAACUCUUCGGAAGGCCAUGAAAGGCCUGGGCACAGAUGAGGAGAGCAUCCUGACUCUGUUGACAUCCCGAAGUAACGCUCAGCGCCAGGAAAUCUCUGCGGCUUUUAAGACUCUGUUUGGCAGGGAUCUUCUGGAUGACCUGAAAUCAGAACUAACUGGAAAAUUUGAAAAAUUAAUUGUGGCUCUGAUGAAACCCUCUCGGCUUUAUGAUGCUUAUGAACUGAAACAUGCCUUGAAGGGAGCUGGAACAGAUGAAAAAGUACUGACAGAAAUUAUUGCUUCAAGGACACCUGAAGAACUAAGAGCCAUCAAAGAAGUUUAUGAAGAAGAAUAUGGCUCAAGCCUGGAAGAUGACGUGGUGGGGGACACUUCAGGGUACUACCAGCGGAUGUUGGUGGUUCUCCUUCAGGCUAACAGAGACCCUGAUGCUGGAAUUGAUGAAGCUCAAGUUGAACAAGAUGCUCAGGCUUUAUUUCAGGCUGGAGAACUUAAAUGGGGGACAGAUGAAGAAAAGUUUAUUACCAUCUUUGGAACACGAAGUGUGUCCCAUUUGAGAAAGGUGUUUGACAAGUACAUGACUAUAUCAGGAUUUCAAAUUGAGGAAACCAUUGACCGGGAGACUUCUGGCAAUUUGGAGCAACUACUCCUUGCUGUCGUGAAAUCUAUUCGAAGUAUAUCAUUGCCUCCGUUGCAGAGACCUCCAUUAUGCCUAUGAAGGAAGUGGGAUACCAUGAACCUC